GCCGCCUCCCCCACUGGCUGUGAGACUGGCGGCGGUUCUCGGAGACCCAAUUCCCUAGUUCUUGGUCAAGCAAGCGAGAGAGAGGAGUCUCGGCGAGAGACCAUAGGGGGUGACCUGAGAACUCUGACGGCUGCGGCGGCAAGAGACGAUGUGGCGGAGGGCCUCUUCCCACCUCCAAACCCUCGCUGGCCAAUGGCGGCGAUCCGGCCCCCAGCUUCUCUGCCUUUCCGCCCAAGAUACCCUACAGAGCCGUGGCCUCGCCUCCGUCACCUCCUCGCCGUUCCGGAAGACCUCUCCUCUCCUCUCCUCGGAAUCCGAUAAUGUCCCGACGAAGAAGAAAGUGGAGGACGUGAUGCCGAUCGCCACCGGCCAUGAGCGGGAGGAGCUCGAGGGCGAGUUGGAGGGGACGAAGCGGUUUACUGACAUGGAUUCCCCGGUCGGUCCGUUCGGCACCAAAGAAACACCUGCUGUCGUUAAGUCCUACUAUAACAAGAGAAUAGUUGGCUGCCCUGGUGGUGAAGGUGAGGAUGAGCAUGAUGUUGUCUGGUUCUGGCUGGAGAAAGACAAACCACACGAGUGCCCUGUGUGCUCCCAAUAUUUUGUGUUGGAGGUGAUUGGUGAGGGAGGGGACCCAGAAGCACACAGUGAUGAUGAACAUCACUAGGGAUAGGACUCCUGGAAAUAAAAAUAUUUGGUGAGAUGGUUGGUUUCUGUCAUACCGUGAAUCUUCAGAGAGCUUUAGGUCAUUCUGUUUGACCAAUAUUCUUGCCUGUGAAUCUGAAGGCAUUUCCUGUUGGCUGUUUUGCUUGCAUGGUGUAAUGGUCAUCUACGUGACCUUUGGAUUAUUUUAUGCCUUUUGAUGCAUUGUCGAAUAAUCAAUGGCCACGUUAAGUUCUGUUCUUUCCUUUGCUUGUAGUAAAUCAGAAAGGUUUUUUCC